AUGUUGAAGGCAGACUUUGAGAAGAGAGUCAAGGCGGACAAUGAGCGGCGUAGGAAGCUAGCGGAAGAACAGCGUUCACAGGAAGAUUGGCAGUCAGGGCUCAAGAACGCUGCAGUCGCUAUGGGGAUGAUCAGCUUAGCCGGCUUCGCCGCCUAUAAGUACCUCAAUGGAACAACCAUGAAAUAUUUGGUUUCAGGUUGA